ACGGUCAUACUGCAGGUCGGUCAAACAUUUUCAGCGAAGCAAAAACAAAAAUUAAACGUAAAUAUUUUAACGGUUACUCGCAAAAAGUGAUAUUUAAUCGCCACGACAACUGCCAAAGAAUCCGCAGGCGAACUCCCCGAUUCCCCAAAAAACUAAAAAGCUAUGGGUGAUAACAAAAUAUGCGACAUUAGCAACGAAGUGCUGGAGGAGUUGAAGAAGUUCCGAUUCAGCAAGAGUAAAAACAAUGCAGCGUUGAUAUUGAAAGUCGACCGGGAGAAGCAGUCGGUGGUGCUGGAUGAGUUCAUUGACGACAUAUCGGUGGACGAGCUGCAGGACACUUUGCCUGGACAUCAGCCUCGAUACGUAAUUUACACGUACAAAAUGGUACAUGAUGACCAGCGCAUAUCGUAUCCGAUGUGUUUUAUAUUCUACACGCCGAGAGAUAGUCAGAUUGAACUGCAAAUGAUGUACGCCUGCACGAAGAGCGCUCUGCAACGUGAAGUGGAUCUCACCCGCGUCUACGAAAUACGCGAACUGGACGAACUGACCGAGGAAUGGCUAAGGGAGAAGCUCAAGUAAAUGGAGUGGGAUGGUAUCCAAUCAUUCCACACCGUUGUUCUCUGUUCAAAGCAAUAUUUUAUGAGAUAUGGAUUCGAUUUUUGAGCUUUUAUAGACAUAUUCACAAACUGGAUCAAGCCGAUACCAACGAUGCAUACCAAUACCAAACAAACCAAGAUAUGACAAUUUUUACACACACAAAAACACAAAUCAAGCUAUGUUUAUAUACAACGUAAAAUGACAAUUUUAUAUAGACUACGACGCAUGCGGUAAGAGUGCGAAUAGUGAUUUUAGUUCUUGCAUUUAAGUAAUAAUCUUUAUAGAAGCUGUGCUUGCCAAAUUUCUACAUACAUGUAUUUAUUUGUAAAGAUAUAUAAAAGGAUGCAAACAUGACAAAAAUAUUCCAUUUUAAACGUAAAUAUAUAGACGAAAGAAAAUAAAAGUGUUCAAUAUUAAAAACCUUAAGAAAG